UCCUACCAAUGAAUCUCCACUUGAGACUUCAUUUUGAGAGAGUUGAAGUGUUGAAAACUUGAAGCCAACCACCAAAAACCGGUGACCAUGCACCCUACUCUUCAACAGAUGGUGCAAGGCCCCUCCUCCUUCUCUCUCACUUUAUCUUAUCUUUUACUGUGAUUGCCGAAGAAAGAAAAUCGUAGCUUCGCUGCUACAGAGUCUAUUGGGAAACCACUUUUGAGUCUGUGUUUUGAUUUUUAUUGCUCUUUAUUCCGUCUGUCUCUUUCUGAUUGAAACUUUAAUCCACAAUUUCACAUGCUUUUGUUUCUCUUUUUUUCAUCUCCCUGUUAAACUCUCUUCUCUCUUUCUCUUUUUCAUCCCCAUUUCUGAUUUCAAUUCUCAGACUUUGUUUGAUCUCAAUCUCACUUGGUUAUUUCUUAUUUUGCUAUUUUCUUAAAUCUCAAGUCUUUUCUUAUUUAUUUUUGUUUUUACAAUUCUGGGUUACUUUGAUUUCAGCUUAUCUUUCAUUUUUCAUUUCUGGGCAAUCUGAGAUCUCAGUGUUUGUCACUGGGUUGUGUUGAUUUCGAUCCAAUUUGCUUACUUUCCCUCGAAUUUCAAUUCGAAGGCAAUGUCACAAGGCUAUGCGAUCGAGCUCUACUUCGAUCCAGCCCUCGAAAACCAGGUCUUGAAGGCUUGGAAUGUGCUCGCUCGCCGUCAGAUUAGUACCCAACUCAUUGAAAUCGAAUCACGCCCCCACAUCACCCUCUUCUCCAGCCCUUUCAUUGAACCAGCGAAGCUCGAAAACGUAAUCAAAGCCUUCGCUUCGAAGCAAGAACCUUUGGCGUUGUCUUUCUCCUCAAUUGGGAGCCUUCCACAUGACAACAAUGUCCUGUUUCUGUCACCAACUCCUUCAGUUUCGUUGCUUCAGUUUCAGUCCCAAUUGUGCGAGGCAGUGAAGAGAGAAGGCGUUGAAAUUGGGGAGGAGUAUCGCACAGAUUCUUGGGUUCCUUGUUGUGCUGUUGCUCAAGAAGUGCCAAGGACUCGGAUGGCGGAAGCGUUUUGCGUGUUACGGGACUUGAAGUUGCCGGUUGCUGGGUAUGCCAUGGAUAUUGGGUUGGUGGAGUUUUCGCCUGUUCGUGAGUUAUUCUCGUUUGUGCUAGGCAACACAGUGGAAGCAUGAGGUUUCAGAGCCAUUCUGUGUUAAUCUAAAAUUUAGUUGUUGUUUAAUGAAUAUGUUACCCUAUGAUGUUAGUGUAGAUUACUGUCUAUGGUGCUACUUAUAGCUUAGUUACAUAAUUUGCAUUUGAUGUUCUGACAUUUUCAUUUUAUCUUCCCUUUAGAUUGAUAAUGUGUUUUGUUCAUGUUGAUGAUAUUUUGAAAUACUUUUACUGUU